AUGCAUCUGAUCUCUUCUCUUGCGACGGCCCUGGCCGUAACGGGCGCCGUCACGGCUGCACCGUCUGAUCCCCUCAAGUGCCGCCAAAACUCGGGCCUCAACGCCGCGAUGGUCGCCAAGGGCAGGCAGUACAUCGGCACCUCCCUGACCAUCCGCAACGACAACGCGGAGCAGAGCAUCAUCCGGGGCCCCGAGUUCGGCUCCAUCACCCCCGAGAACGCCAUGAAGUGGGACGCCACCGAGCCCAACCGCGGCCAGUUCUCGUUCGGCGGGGCCGACCAGAUCGCCAACUUUGCGACGCAGAACAAGAAGCAGAUGCGCUGCCACACGCUGGUCUGGUACAGCCAGCUGCCCGGCUGGGUCAGCCAGAUCAACAACAACGCCACCCUGAUCCAGGUCAUGACCAACCACAUCAACACGGUCAUGGGCCGGUACAAGGGCAAGUGCACGCACUGGGACGUCGUCAACGAGGCUCUCAACGAGGACGGCACAUACCGCGACAACGUCUUCCUCAAGGUGAUCGGCGAGGCUUACAUACCCAUCUCCUUCCGUCUGGCUGCCGCGGCCGAUCCCGCUGCCAAGCUCUACUACAACGACUACAACCUCGAGUACGGUGAGGCCAAGGCCCAGGGCGCUGCGCGGAUCGUCAAGCUCGUGCAGUCGUACGGCAUCAAGAUCGACGGCGUCGGCCUGCAGGGCCACUUGGUCUCGGAGCCCACGGGCACGCAGAAGACCCCCACGCCGUCGCAGGAGACGCUCGAGAAGACGCUCAAGAUGUACACCGACCUCGGCGUGGACGUCGCCUACACCGAGCUGGACAUCCGCAUGAACACGCCCGCCACGCAGGCCAAGCUCAAGGUGCAGGCCGAUGCGUACGGCCGGGUGUUUGGCUCGUGCAUGGCCAACCCGCGAUGCGUCGGCAUCACCCUCUGGGGUGUUUCCGACAAGUACUCGUGGGUCCCAGGGACCUUCUCGGGCGAGGGUUCUGCGUUGCUCUGGGACGACAAUAUGAACAAGAAGCCCGCCUACACGGCGGCUCUGAACGCUAUCAAUGCUGCCCCGACGUCCGCUUAA